AUGAAUCCCAAGCACCUUAUUUCAAGACUUGAUGGAAGAAUUCUCUCUCCAUACUCAUCUAUUCACAGAAAUGCAUCUACUGCCUCCACCACCUCGCCAUCCAUUCUCUCUCUAAAGCGUCGUCGUGACUCUACUUUCCCAAAACCCACUUCACCCUUCAACAGAACCAAACUGAGCGAUUUAGAAGACUACGGGAACAACGUGAAGGAGUUCUUAUCGCGAUUCGUCUGGAUAAUGCGCGGGAGACUCUCUGAACUCUAUUCCGAUUGCGACAAGCAGAGAGUAAUUGAUGGCCUGCUUCCAGUCAUUGUCUCGGAAUUCCAGAAGGGUGUUGACCUUGAUCUUGGGCAGAUGCUUGGUGUGGCGGUGACUGCUCCGUCACCAUCGGACGAUGAUUUCAGCGAGGAUUUGUGGAGAACGGCCUGUGAGGUUACCGAUUUGGGCGUGGAUUGCUUGAAGAAGGCUGGGAAAAAGAAGGAUAGAGUAAAGGGGUUUCCUGAAUCUGAAGAGGUCAAGGAGAUGUGUAGAUCUUCUGGUGAAGAAGAAGUAGGACUUGAUAUCUCAGACCCCAAAUGUGCUGGAGCGGAUGAUAAAAUGGAUGAGAUUGGGGAGUGUAAUUGGCCUCAGGAACCUAAAACAAUAUCUGGGAAAUGCAAAUUGGUUACUUUGAGAAUCCUUACAUUGGAAAAGGAGGAUGACCCUUCUCCAUUGUUGGCUAAAUGGGUAGAGCUUCUCCAGCCUAGCAGGGUCGACUGGAUUACUUUGAUUGAUAGGUUGAAAGAACAAAAUACUCAAGUAUAUUUCAAGGUUGCAGAACAUGCCCUGGGAGAAGAGUCUUUCCAAACCAACAUUUGUGAUUAUGCAAUGCUCAUUGAUGCCCAUGCGAAAGAGAACCACUUGGAAGAUGCCGAGAGGAUUCUUAAGAAAAUGAAAGAAAAUGCAAUCAUGCCUGAUAUUCUAACAUACACCGCAUUGGUUCAUAUGUACAGCAAGGCAGGCAAUCUUGAUCGUGCGAAGGAGGCGUUUGAAAAAUUAAGGAGCCAAGUCUUCCAACCAGACACGAGGCUUUACAACUCGAUGAUCCUGGCGUAUGCAAAUGCUGGGCAAUCCAAGUUGGGUGAGUAUUUGACGGCAGAGAUGGUGAAUAGGGAUAUGAAACCAGCAAAGGAAAUUUACAUGGCAUUGCUCAAGUCAUAAGCCAAGCAGGGUGAUGCCAUUGGAGCCCAACGAAUUUCUUACGCGCAUUUUGCGGGGUUCCGAAAGAAUUUGGAGUCUUGUAGGUUGCUUAUUGAGGCAUAUGGGCAAGCUGGUGAUCCAGAUCAGGCAAGGAACGUAUUUGACAGCAUGACUGUAGUUAAACUGAGUCCUGAUGACCUCUGCAUUGCUAGCAUGGUUGCAGCUUAUGAGAAGAAGAAUUUGUUGGAUAAGGCCUUAAAUCUUUUAAUGCAGCUUGAAAAGGAUGGGCGCGAGCACGGGGUUGCAACUCUAGGCGUUCUGGUGAAUUGGUUGGUUAAGUUGCAACUAAUUGACGAAGCUGGACAAGUAUUGGGCAUGAUUGCUGAGAAGGGUGGCUCUCUUCCUUUCAAGUCUCUUCUAAGCCUUUGUGAUAUGUACUCAAGGGCUGGGACUGGGGCUGAGAAGAAGGCUCGUCAAGCCCCCGGGGGUGUUGAGGCUGAGGAGGAGGAGCUUUUGGCGCCAUUGGUCUUUGAGAAUAUUAUAAAGGGGCUUUUAGCUGGUGGGUUUGUACAUGAUGCUCAAAGGGUAUGUAGGGUGAUGGAGACCCAGGGAUUUGCAGCAUCACAGCCGCUUAAGGUGGCUUUGUCGGUGUCUCAAUCCUUUGGCCUCAAUAGACCAGUGAAAUAGUUUCAGUCAUUCAGGAUCUCUAGGGUAUGUAGUGUGGUCUAGUUUUAUUUUCCUCUUCAAUUCAUAAUUUAAUGCACAAGAUGUAUGACAUACAUUUACGUAGGCCUUCUUUAUCAUAGCAAAAAUAUACACAUAUAUCUAUAUUUUAAGUAGGGGUGGCAAUUUAAGUCCAAACCUAUUAAACCGUCCAAA